AUGGCUUCGGAAGGACAGAAAGACCUUCCUGUUCGCUCUGCUGAGGGUGCUAAGAUGGGCAAUCAACCGAGUCCGUUGCCUGACGUGUUGAUUGAGCGAAACAAACUUUUCGAAGAACUAUGGCAGGAACACCUGAAGGAGCUAGCUGAGAAGCCUCGGUCAGACAUUACUGUAACGCUCGACAUUGGAGAUGGAAAUCCUUCUACAGUCGUUGCCAAAUCUUGGGAGUCCACGCCUGGCUCUUUCUUGAAGGAUCUCCCUAAAGAUUUCACCGCCAAUGUUGUAAUCGCGAAGAUAGACGGAAAAGAGCUUUGGGAUCUGAACCGCCCAUUGGAGAGAGACUGCAAGGUUUCUUAUCUGCCUUUUGAUCACCCAGAGGGGAGAGAGGUUUUUUGGCACUCGAGCGCCCACUGUCUUGGAGAAGCUUGUGAAGUUGAGUUCGGGUGUCUUCUAUCGCACGGUCCGCCCACAGCGCAAGGUUUCUUCUACGACAUGGCUAUGCCGGAUGGGCGUGUCGUGCGAGAGACGGAUUGGGCACCCCUGGAUAAGAAGGCAACUCAGAUCUUCAAAGAACGCCAGAGCUUCGAUCGAUUGGAAGUUACGAAAGAGAACCUGAAGAAGAUGUUUGCGUACAGCAAAUACAAGCUGCACUACAUCAAUCACCUUGUAGAGGGAGAGAAAAGCACAGUUUAUCGUUGCGGUACUUUGGUCGAUCUCUGCCGAGGACCUCAUAUUCAGAAUACCAACAAAAUUAAGACGUUCAAAAUAAUGCAAAACUCCUCUGCGUAUUUCCUCGGUGACCAGACAAACGACUCUUUACAACGAAUCAGGGGUGUUGCUUUCCCUGAUAAAAAUGGAAUGAAAGAGCAUCUUAAGUUCCUCGAGGAGGCCGAGAAACGAAAUCAUCAAAAAAUCGGCAAAGAACAGGAGCUUUUCUUCUUCGAUGAUGUCUCCCCCGGAUGUCCCUUCCUUCUCCCUAAUGGCACAAAAAUUUUCAAUUCUUUGCAAAAGCUCUUGCGGUCGGAGUACCGCAAGCGUGGAUAUCAGGAGGUGCAGACACCCAACAUGUAUGAUGUGAGCAUCUGGAAGACAUCAGGCCAUUGGGCACACUAUAAGGAUGAUAUGUUCAAGUUGGAUGUUGAGAAGAGGGAAUGGGCCCUUAAGCCCAUGAAUUGUCCUGGUCACUUCAUGCUCUUUGGCCACCGUGAUAGGAGUUAUCGGGAGCUUCCUCUGAGGAUUGCUGACUUUGGAGUGCUCCAUAGAAAUGAGGCAUCUGGCGCCCUCAGUGGUCUCACUCGCGUGCGUAAAUUUCAACAGGAUGACACUCAUAUUUUCUGUACUGCAGAACAGAUAACCUCUGAGAUCGAAGGACUGUUCGAUUUCUUGAAAGCCAUCUACGGUCUCUUUGGGUUUACCUUCAAGUUGAAACUUUCUACUCGACCAGAAAACUACAUGGGUGAGCUAGAAGCUUGGAAUUUCGCAGAAGAUCAACUACGUCAAGCAUUGAACAAUUUCAAGGGAGACGACUGGGAAUUAAAUGAAGGCGACGGUGCUUUCUACGGGCCCAAGAUUGAUAUUACGAUCUCAGAUGCCCUCAAGCGAGACUUCCAGUGUGCUACAAUCCAGCUCGACUACCAGGCACCGAUCAAUUUUAAGUUGGAAUACAUUACCGCCGAAAAGACAUCCGCCGCUGGUGAAAAAGCGAAGCAGGAUGGUGCGGACAAAGCCAAGGAGGCAGCGACAGGUCGAGCUCGACCAGUUGUUAUCCACCGCGCGAUCAUUGGUAGUUUUGAGCGAUUCCUCGGUAUUUUGACAGAGCACUUCGGGGGUAAAUGGCCGUUUUGGAUCAGCCCUCGUCAGAUCCUGAUUGUGCCUGUCAUGCCGGCACUCAAUGAUUACGCAAAGGAGCUACAACAAAUUCUGCAUGCUGAUAAGUUGAACGUUGACAUUGAUAUUAGCGGCAACACCCUGCAGAAGAAGAUCCGCACGGGUCAGUUGGCUCAGUACAACUUCAUAUUCGUUGUGGGCGCACAAGAGAAGGAAAGUAGAACGGUGAAUAUUCGCAACCGUGACGACCCAUCCUCUCAGGCGAAGGGCGAGCUGGUUCCUCUCGAGGAAGCACGCGUUAAAUUGAGGGCACUGCGCAAAGAGCGCAGACUUCUCAACGCACUUUGA